AUGCACAUGAUCUGCUGCACACGGGUGUUCGACCCGUUCUCGUCAGCGGCCGAGCCACCGGCAUGGUUCAGGCUCUCCCUCACACAUCACAUCACACACACCAUGAGAACCGUGCUUAGAUCAUCGGCCGGCGGCAUCGAGGAGACACUGCUUGCGAGGAGGAAGAGGGUCUGCCGUGGCGCUUUUCAGAACGUGAGGGCGUUGACCUCAGGCACGUACAGAGUGCCAAAGCCAUUCAACGAGCCCAACCUGCACUUCGCGCCAAACUCACCAGAGAGGACAAAGCUCCAGGAGGCUCUCACUGAGAUCCGAUCACAGCUGCCACUCAAGGUGCCAGCAAUUGGUGGCAAGAAUGCUACCGUCAGCGCUUCUCAGCAACUCACAUCCUUGACGAUGCCAGCAGAGCAUGCGGCGCCUUUCCAACAGUAUGCAUCCGCAUCGGAACAGGAUGUCCAGAACGCUAUUGAGAACGCUCUCAAGGCCAAGAAAGAGUGGCAAAGCAUGCCCUUCACCGACAGAGCUGCAAUUUUCCUACGAGCAGCUGAGCUUGUGUCCAGCAAGUACCGCUUCAAGCUUCUUGCAGCGACCAUGUUGGGCCAGGGCAAGAACGCAUGGCAAGCAGAGAUUGACGCAGCCGCCGAACUUGCAGACUUCUUCCGCUACAACGUCAGCUUCGCACAAGAAAUCUACGACAAGCAGCCUACAGUAAACGCUGAGAACCACCACGGACGAACAGACUGGAGGCCACUUGAAGGUUUCGUCUACGCUGUCUCGCCUUUCAACUUCACUGCUAUCGGUGGUAACUUGGUCUCUGCUCCCGCUCUUCUCGGAAAUGUUGUCGUAUGGAAGCCAGCUCCAAUGAACGCCUACGCCUCGCACUUAGUGCACCAGAUCCUGCUCGAAGCUGGUCUUCCAGAAGGUGUCGUGCAGCUCGUCAACGGUGACCCCAACGUCAUCACAGACACCGUCUUCAAGCACCGCGAAUUCUCUGCCCUGACCUUCAUCGGCUCAUCCGAGGUCUUCCGCAACUUGCAAGUCAAGGCCGCGCAAGGACUUGCCGAGAACCGCUACCGCGACUUCCCCAGAAUGGCUGGUGAGACUUCUGGCAAGAACUUCCACCUGCUGCACCCAACUGCCAAUGUUGUCAACGCUGCCAAGCACUCCGUCCGCGCUGCGUUCGAAUACGCUGGCCAGAAGUGCUCCGCGCUCUCCAGAGUAUACGUACCUGAAAGCCGUGCCGAUGAGUUCUUCUCCACGCUGAAGCACGAGCUGUCUCGCACCAAGGUCGGCCCACCAGAGGACUACACUUCAUUCACCGGCCCGGUCAUCGACAAGAAGGCGUUCGACCGCGUCACCAAGGCAAUUGAUGAGGCGAACAACGACAGCAGACUUGAGCGCAUCGCUGGUGGCACAUACGACGGCAGCAAGGGCUUCUACAUCAACCCAACCGUCUACGCCACCAAGAACCCAGACCACUACCUCUUCGACAAGGAACUGUUCGGUCCAGUCCUCGUUGCCUACGUCUACCCAGACGCCAAGUUUGAGGAGACUCUCGACAUCAUCGACAAGCAGGGCGGCGGCUUUGCUCUUACUGGUAACAUCUUCUCGAACGACCAGAAGGCGAUCAGGUUAGCAGAAGACAAGCUUCGCUACGCCGCUGGCAACUUCUACAUCAACUGCAAGAUCACUGCCGCCGUUAUUGGUCAGCAAUCUUUCGGUGGUGCUAGAGCUAGCGGUACUUGCGACAAGGCUGGAAGUGCUGGUCUUUUGCAGCGAUUCACUGCUCCUCGAACGCUGAAGGAGGAAUUCAACCGCUUAGACGAAGUCCUCUACCCAUCGAACAUAUAA